UCCCCGCAGAGGAGAGAUCUCCAGGAUGAGGCUUAUGCUAAGUGCUGUGUUCUGUGGCUGCCUGGUGGCAACCGCAACCGCCGGUUCCCUCGGCGGAUUUGGCGGGGGUGGUUUCGGUGGCGGCGGCUAUGGCGGUGGUGGCUACGGCGGCGGUGGCUACGGCGGUGGCGGCUACGGCGGUGGCGGCUACGGCGGUGGCGGCUACGGUGGUGGCGGCUUUGGAGGCGGUGGAGGCGUCGGCAAGAUUAUCAUCAUCAAGACUUCUGGAGGCGGAGGUUACGGCGGUGGUGGAUUUGGAGGUGGAGGCUUCGGCGGUGGAGGCUUCGGCGGAGGCGGAAAGUAUGGUGGUGGUGGAUUCGGAGGAUUCGGCGGUGGUGGUUACGGCGGAGGUGGCUAUGGUGGCGGAGGAUGGUGGUGAUCCUCUGGCCUGCACUUCAGUUUGUGUUCUGCAGAAGCCGCCUUGAAGAGGUCCGCGCUGGUCCCAAGGAAGUUUGUAUUGUGCCUGGCGUACUCGUGUCAGCCGUCUGAAGGAACUUUUCGCGAGUUGUCACCGAUUGCCCUGGAGUACACCCAUGAAAUACCACUCGGGUCGAACCAAGAAAAGCGCUCGCUUGCAUGCGCCAUCACUGCGAGCUGCUCCCUUUGUGAAUAAAGAGACGUUCUAUCCCCACUGAAA